GCCGCGGCGGUCGCGCGCGGGCGGGCGCCGGCCGGGCGGCGGCGCCCGGCGGCGGCGGGUGGCGGCCGCCGAGCGAGCGGGGCGAGCGGCGGCGCGCCGACUACAUGUCGGGCAUCCGCGAGCUCGCCGUGGAGGCGCUGCGGUGGCCGCACCUGGCGCCCUGGCAGCGCCUCGAGUGGGCAGCGGCGCUGCGGUACGACGCCGUUCCGGUGAAGGAGCUGCCGCCCUGGUGGCUCGCUCCGAGGAGCCUGACGCGCAGGGACAUCGGCGUGGAUCUGGUGAGCUUGGACGGCGAGCGGGCGGUGCAGUGCAAGUGCUGCAACGGCACCGUGCAGACGAAGGACGUCACCCACUUCAUAUGCGUGGCGCAAAACGUGUUCGGGGCUUCCGAGAUCAUCCUGGCGACGUCAGAGACGUCCCGCCUGACCAGCGAUGCAGCAACCAUCAUUGAGUCUGCCGGCGUCAGGCACGACGUUUUGCCAAGCAGCUUCAUCGAUGAGCUACUGUCCAGCAGUGUAGCAGCGCUCCCACCGCCUCAGCGGGACUGCCUAGCGGCUGCCCCCCUCAGACCAUGCCAGCGAGAUUGCAUCCGUGCCUGCAGGGCUGGAGCCCGCAUCGUCGAGAUGGCGUGUGGCACGGGCAAGACGCUGGUGAUGCGAAGACUGGCCGAUAAUGCUUCAGGCCGCGUCCUGGUUUCGGUCCCGUCUCUCGCUCUGCUCUGGCAGCAUCGUGCGACAUUUCCUGAAUUCUGCCCCGUUGGGACUGGGUAUAACACGAAGGUCGCGUGGGAUGCGCCAGGAUACAUCAGCGUGACGGACUCUGUGCACCUCCUGGAAGGCAUCCACUUUUCUGACAUAUUUGUCGACGAGGUUGGGCAUUUUCGGCGCGUCCUUGCGUAUUGCAAUUCGAUAGACGAGGCUCUUCUCUUCAAGAGCGAGGUCGUGAAGUCUGGACUGGUUGCUUGGCACAUUAACGGCGAGACCCCACGCGCGGAGCGCCAGCGAGUGUUGAAAGCAUUCGCGGGUCCUCUUCAGGGCCCUGCCCACGUGCUCGUAACGGUGCAGGUUCUCGGCGAGGGGAUUAACAUCAAGAACGCCGAUACGUGCUUGUUCGUGCGGCCCCGGCGCAGCUACGUCAGCAUUGCGCAAGCCGUGGGCCGAGCCCUCAGACUACACCCCAGCAAGCCGCUGGCGCAUAUUAUCCUUCCAGCAGUAACGCCUCACUACAGUGGCCAGGACCAGCCGCUCGGCACCCAGGACGCGCACGAGGAAGCCCAUGGUGACUCCGCAGAAGCAGAGGCCGAGGCGCUCGGCAACCCUCCGUCUGUGGGCACCGCGGUGUCCAAGUCGACGCAUUCAGCCACCAGCUCUAUUCGCCGUGCCGCGAGCACCAGGCACUCAGCGCUGUCCAGCGCGCCUCUACUGCCGCCAUGCUUGACAGGUGAGAGGCGGCUUCGUGCGGAGCCAGGCAGCGUGGAAAAGGCGCGUGACAGCCUGCAGGCCACGAGUGAUGCGCCAGAUGUUCUGGCGUCGCGAUCACAAGGUGCAUGUUCACAGCAAAAGGCCAGCAGUGAGUUGGAACGCUUCGUGGCCACCCUGGCGUCAGCAGAUUGUCGUUUCAGAUCAGAGUUGACGCUCGGGUGUAGCAGUCGCAUUUCUUUGGUUGAUACCCGAACCUGCGAAGAUCAUCGGGGCAAUGGUACUCAAUAUUUGGAGCACCGUGUACGAAAUUCAUUGCUAGCGUUGUCGAGAUUGCGCUGCCAGUGGCAGUCCAGAUUGCAGCAGUUGGGCACAUUCCUGGAGGCGCACGGCAGGUUGCCGACAAGGAGCACGGUCGCCGACGAGGAAGAGCUCAGGCUAGCCCAGUGGCUCAGGCAGCAAGCCGGGCUCUUCAGAUCCCAGCGCCUGGCAGAGGACCGCGAGGCAGCCCUGAGGGGCGCCCACACCUUGGUCAGCGAGAGGUUGACGGAGAGGUUGACGGGGGAGCGGCCGCGGCAGGACUGGCAGUCCUGGCUGCAGCAGUUGGGCGCGUUCCUGGAGGCGCACGGCAGGUUGCCGACAAAGAGCACGGUCGCCGACGAGGAAGAGCUCAGGCUAGCCCAGUGGCCCAGGCAGCAAGCCGGGCUCUUCAGAUCCCAGCGCCUGGCAGAGGACCGCGAGGCAGCCCUGAGGGGCGUCCACACCUUGGUCAGCGAGAGGUUGACGGAGAGGUUGACGGGGGAGCGGCCGCGGCAGGACUGGCAGUCCCGGCUGCAGCAGUUGGGCGUGUUCCUGGAGGCGCACGGCAGGUUGCCGACAAGGAGCACGGUCGCCGACGAGGAAGAGCUCAGGCUCGCCCGGUGGCUCAGCACCCAAGCCGGGCUCUUCAGAUCCCAGCGCCUGGCAGAGGACCGCGAGGCAGCCCUGAGGGGCGUCCACACCUUGGUCAGCGAGAGGUUGACGGAGAGGUUGACGGGGGAGCGGCCGCGGCAGGACUGGCAGUCCCGGCUGCAGCAGUUGGGCGUGUUCCUGGAGGCGCACGGCAGGUUGCCGACAAGGAGCACGGUCGCCGACGAGGAAGAGACCAGGCUCGCCCGGUGGCUCAGCACCAGGCUCGCCCGGUGGCUCAGCACCCAAGCCGGGCUCUUCAGAUCCCAGCGCCUGGCAGAGGACCGCGAGGCAGCCCUGAGGGGCGUCCACACCUUGGUCAGCGAGAGGUUGACGGAGAGGUUGACGGGGGAGCGGCCGCGGCAGGACUGGCAGUCCUGGCUGCAGCAGUUGGGCGCGUUCCUGGAGGCGCACGGCAGGUUGCCGACAAAGAGCACGGUCGCCGACGAGGAAGAGCUCAGGCUAGCCCAGUGGCUCAGGCAGCAAGCCGGGCUCUUCAGAUCCCAGCGCCUGGCAGAGGACCGCGAGGCAGCCCUGAGGGGCGUCCACACCUUGGUCAGCGAGAGGUUGACGGAUAGGUUGACGGGGGGGCGGCCGCGGCAGGACUGGCAGUCCUGGCUGCAGCAGUUGGGCGCGUUCCUGGAGGCGCACGGCAGGUUGCCGACAAAGAGCACGGUCGCCGACGAGGAAGAGCUCAGGCUAGCCCAGUGGCUCAGGAAGCAAGCCUGGCUCUUCAGAUCCCAGCGCCUGGCAGAGGACCGCGAGGCAGCCCUGAGGGGCGUCCACACCUUGGUCAGCGAGAAGUUGUGGGGG